GCCCCGGGCGGUGCCUGCAGAGCGCCGGCCGCCGGCAGGCGAGGGGCCGGGGAUGGCGGCGCGGCGGGCGCACAGCGUCUGCAUGGUGUCGGACUUCUUCUACCCCAACAUGGGGGGCGUGGAGAGCCACAUCUACCAGCUGUCGCAGUGCCUCAUCGAGCGGGGCCACAAGGUCUUGGUGGUCACCCACGCCUACGGGACCCGCAAAGGCAUCCGCUACCUCACCAACGGGCUGAAGGUCUACUACUUGCCCCUGAAGGUGAUGUACAACCAGUCCACGGCGACGACGCUCUUCCACAGCUUGCCUCUGCUCAGGUACAUAUUUGUGCGAGAGAGGGUCACCAUCGUUCAUGCCCACAGCUCCUUCUCGGCCAUGGCCCAUGACGCGCUCUUCCACGCCAAGACCAUGGGGCUGUGGACGGUGUUCACCGACCACUCUCUCUUUGGGUUUGCGGAUGUCAGCUCGGUGCUAACCAACAAACUUCUGACUGUGUCCCUGUGCGAUACGAACCACAUAAUCUGUGUCUCUUACACAAGUAGGGAAAACACAGUGCUGAGAGCAGCUCUGGAUCCUCAGAUAGUCUCUGUCAUCCCUAAUGCCGUAGACCCCACCGACUUCACUCCAGACCCAUCAAGAAGGGAUGACAGUACAAUAACGAUUGUUGUUGUCAGCAGACUUGUUUACAGAAAAGGUAUAGAUUUGCUUAGUGGUAUAAUUCCUGAGCUCUGUCAGAAAUACCCGGAUUUACAUUUCUUAGUUGGAGGAGAAGGACCAAAACGAAUUGUUCUGGAAGAAGUGCGGGAAAGAUACCAGCUACAUGACAGGGUACGUCUCCUAGGAGCCUUGGAACAUCAGGAUGUUAGAAAUGUCCUAGUCCAGGGGCAUAUUUUUCUCAACACUUCUCUCACUGAGGCAUUUUGUAUGGCAAUUGUGGAAGCAGCAAGCUGUGGUUUACAGGUGGUGAGUACACGAGUUGGAGGAAUUCCUGAGGUGCUUCCAGAAAAUCUUAUUCUUUUAUGUGAACCCUCAGUGAAAUCUUUGUGUGAUGGAUUAGAAAAAGCGAUUGCCCAGCUCAGAUCAGGAACAUUGCCGUCUCCAGAAACUGUUCAUAAUAAAGUAAAGACAUUUUAUACAUGGAGGAAUGUAGCAGAGAGAACUGAGAAAGUGUAUGAGAGGGUUGCAGAUGAAGUGGUUUUGUCAAUGGAUGAGCGACUCAACAGACUAAUAUCUCACUGUGGCCCGGUGACUGGUUAUAUUUUUGCUCUUUUUGCUGUUUUGAGCUUCCUUUUCUUGGCAUUUCUGAGGUGGAUGACUCCAGAUUCCAUUAUUGAUGUUGCAGUAGAUGCCACAGGUCCUAAAGGUGCAUGGACUAAACAGUAUUUUCUUGGUAAAAAAGGAAGAGUUAAAGAAGAAAUUUUGAUUUCCUAAAAUGCUCAAAGUGGAGAGAGGGGGAAGAAAAAAAAAGCAUCAUUCACUAAAUGUUUAAAACUUGCUGAUAGAGAUACUAUUUUAAAAAUUCUUCAGUUUCUUUCUGAAAUUCUUGGAAAGAAACUUGGUUAAAUGUGCUACCUCAAUUUAGGAUUAAGUUUAAUGUAGUUUUGAACUCAUGGAAAUUUAUGCACAUCUAUUUUGCUCUUAAAGCUGGGAGAGUACAUGGAUUUCCACAGCCUGAUGUUGAAAGUCAUUGAGACAAAAGUAUGAGACUUUUCUCCACAACUAGAAUACUGUAGAAAGAGUGAAGGUAAACUUUUGUGGUAUUUGGGAAAUCAAAACACAAAAAUUAUUAGUGUGACAGUCUUCUGCUUGCACAGCUUUAUUAUUUUUUAGUUCUUCCUUUCUCUGACUGAAUUAGAACAAUCUGUUGCUAUGCCACAAGUUCAUUAUGGAUUUCUGGUAUUUUCUGAAGUGUUAAACUUGUCCCAUUCACUUAUGCAUAUGAAAGUGAAGUAAAGCAUAUGGCUUUUAGGUGAAGGAAUGAUGUUAUUUAGAGAUAAGCAUAACAUGCUGCAGCGUUCAGAAUCAGCUCAGACCUGAAAACGCCUCCAGCAGUCUAUGCCAAAAUGUAAAGUGACACUGGUGUGAGAGAGAUGGAGAAUCUCUGAACGAUGAGACAAGCACCAUUGUGUUCUUCCCCUCCACUUGCAACGUAAAUGGCAUUUCAAUCUGGCUCUGGGAGAGGCAAUAUUAGUGUGUAUGAUUUCACCUAGACCACAUCAAAGGCACUGUCAGGCAGGUUCUGCAAGUUGAAUCUUCUUGGGGAAAGUGUCCCUUAAAUGGAAAGAACUUACAGAUAUACUUGUCUUGCAAGAAAUGUGCUUUCUCGCAACUGUUAGCAGCGCUAAGUAAGGUAUAGAUAUAAUAAUAGGAAGAACAUGUGAAUGGGUGAGGAGGCAAAGAGGGCUUCUCAUGUUUAUAUCUAACAGCUCUCAGACUACUGCCUGAUGCACUGGAUUAACUUCUCUUUCAAGCAUUGCUAAAGACUGUAAUUUUUAAAGAUUUUAUGAACCUGUCCAUAGUGUAAUUUUGGACACUGUAUUAAUAUUAAAACUGUGCAAUAUAAAAAGAUUGUUUUCAAGCUCUUGAAGGACAGUAUUUAAAACACAACCUUUGUCAAUGUUGUCUUGUUUCUGUUGAGAUGUAAGUAGCCUAGUUUCUGCUGUUUUAUAAUUUAAUCAAACCUAUUUUCAUGAAACACUGAAAGGUAAAGUGAAAUACAUGCCAUAUACACAGUCUGUUUUCCUUUAUUAAAAUUUUUAGCCUUUGAUACUUAACAUACAAUAUGUAUUGUCUUACAAUGUGAAUUUUUUUUUAAUUCUGCAUUAACAGUGGAGAUGUUAAUGGUGCCACAGAGCUUAUUGAUAAUUAAGUGGAAUUAAGCUAAUAUUUUACUCUUAAAAGCCUUCCCCUGUCCUUUUUUUUUGGUAAGGCUACAACUUUUUAACAGCACUGAUGAUCAUUCCAGGGAAAUGCUUUUGUAUGUAUUUUUAAUAUAUAUAUUUUUAAAUUCUGGUUUAUUUCUUCUUUUAGUUUUC